AGGAGGAGGAACGGCCGGGCUGGCUGCGGAAGGGGAGGGGGGGAGGAGGCGAUUGGAUGCGGCGGCGGCGGCGGAUCCCGGAGAGCAGCGGAGUGAGAGGAGUAGCGAGUCGGGAACCCGGAGGGGUAAAAAUAUUUCCAUCAUGGCUCAUUCAAAGACAAGAACCAAUGAUGGAAAAAUUACUUAUCCUCCUGGUGUCAAGGAAAUCUCAGAUAAAAUAUCUAAAGAGGAGAUGGUGAGACGGUUAAAGAUGGUUGUGAAAACUUUCAUGGAUAUGGACCAGGACUCUGAAGAAGAAAAGGAGCUAUAUUUAAACCUAGCUUUACAUCUUGCUUCAGAUUUUUUCCUCAAGCAUCCUGACAAAGAUGUUCGCUUACUGGUAGCCUGCUGCCUUGCUGAUAUUUUCAGGAUUUAUGCUCCUGAAGCUCCUUACACGUCCCCUGAUAAACUAAAGGAUAUAUUUAUGUUUAUAACAAGGCAGUUAAAGGGGCUGGAAGAUACAAAGAGCCCACAGUUCAAUAGGUAUUUUUACUUACUUGAGAACAUUGCUUGGGUCAAGUCAUAUAACAUAUGCUUUGAGUUGGAAGAUAGCAAUGAAAUUUUUACCCAAUUAUACAGAACAUUAUUUUCAGUUAUAAACAAUGGUCACAAUCAGAAAGUUCAUAUGCACAUGGUAGACCUCAUGAGUUCUAUUAUUUGUGAAGGUGAUACAGUAUCUCAGGAGCUUUUGGAUACAGUUUUGGUAAAUCUGGUACCUGCCCAUAAGAAUUUAAACAAGCAAGCGUAUGAUUUGGCAAAGGCUUUACUGAAGAGGACAGCUCAAGCUAUUGAACCAUAUAUUACCAAUUUUUUUAAUCAGGUUCUGAUGCUUGGAAAAACGUCUAUCAGCGAUUUGUCAGAGCAUGUGUUUGACUUAAUUUUGGAGCUCUAUAAUAUUGAUAGUCAUUUGCUGCUCUCUGUUUUACCCCAACUUGAAUUUAAACUAAAGAGCAAUGAUAAUGAGGAACGUCUACAAGUUGUUAAACUAUUGGCAAAAAUGUUUGGUGCGAAGGAUUCAGAAUUGGCUUCUCAAAACAAACCACUUUGGCAGUGUUACUUGGGCAGGUUUAAUGACAUCCAUGUACCAAUCCGCUUGGAAUGUGUGAAGUUUGCUAGUCAUUGUCUCAUGAACCAUCCUGAUUUAGCAAAGGACUUAACAGAAUAUCUUAAAGUGAGGUCACAUGACCCUGAAGAAGCUAUUAGACAUGAUGUUAUUGUGUCCAUAGUUACAGCUGCUAAAAAGGAUAUUCUUCUGGUCAACGAUCACUUACUUAAUUUUGUGAGAGAGAGAACAUUAGACAAACGGUGGAGAGUGCGCAAAGAAGCCAUGAUGGGACUUGCCCAAAUUUAUAAGAAGUAUGCUUUACAAUCAGCAGCUGGAAAAGAUGCUGCAAAACAGAUUUCAUGGAUCAAAGACAAAUUGCUACAUAUAUAUUAUCAAAAUAGUAUUGAUGAUCGAUUGCUUGUUGAACGCAUCUUUGCCCAAUACAUGGUUCCACACAAUUUGGAAACUACAGAACGGAUGAAGUGUCUAUAUUACUUGUAUGCCACACUGGAUUUAAAUGCUGUGAAGGCAUUGAAUGAAAUGUGGAAAUGUCAAAAUCUGCUCCGACACCAAGUAAAGGAUUUGCUUGACUUAAUUAAGCAACCCAAAACAGAUGCCAGUGUCAAGGCAAUAUUUUCAAAAGUGAUGGUUAUUACAAGAAAUUUGCCAGAUCCUGGUAAGGCUCAGGAUUUCAUGAAGAAGUUCACACAGGUGUUGGAAGAUGAUGAGAAAAUAAGAAAACAGUUAGAAGUACUCGUUAGUCCAACAUGCUCCUGCAAGCAGGCUGAAGGCUGUGUGCGUGAAAUAACUAAGAAGUUGGGCAACCCCAAACAGCCUACAAAUCCUUUCCUGGAGAUGAUCAAGUUUCUUUUGGAGAGGAUAGCACCUGUACACAUAGAUACUGAAUCUAUCAGUGCUCUUAUUAAGCAAGUGAAUAAAUCAAUAGAUGGAACAGCAGAUGAUGAAGAUGAAGGUGUUCCAACUGAUCAAGCCAUCAGGGCAGGUCUUGAACUGCUUAAGGUACUUUCAUUUACACAUCCCAUCUCGUUUCAUUCUGCUGAAACAUUUGAAUCUCUCCUGGCUUGUCUGAAAAUGGAUGAUGAAAAAGUAGCAGAAGCUGCACUCCAAAUUUUUAAAAACACAGGAAGCAAAAUUGAAGAAGAUUUCCCACAUAUCAGAUCAGCUUUGCUUCCUGUUUUACAUCACAAAUCUAAAAAAGGACCCCCCCGCCAAGCCAAAUACGCCAUUCAUUGUAUCCAUGCGAUAUUUUCUAGUAAAGAGACCCAGUUUGCACAGAUAUUUGAGCCUCUGCAUAAGAGCCUAGAUCCAAGCAACCUGGAACAUCUCAUAACACCGUUGGUUACUAUUGGGCAUAUUGCUCUCCUUGCACCUGAUCAAUUUGCUGCUCCUUUGAAGUCCUUGGUAGCUACUUUCAUUGUGAAAGAUCUUCUCAUGAAUGAUCGGCUCCCAGGAAAAAAGACAACUAAACUUUGGGUUCCAGAUGAAGAAGUUUCUCCUGAGACAAUGGUCAAAAUUCAGGCUAUUAAAAUGAUGGUUCGAUGGCUUCUUGGAAUGAAAAAUAAUCACAGUAAAUCAGGAACAUCUACCUUAAGAUUGCUAACUACAAUAUUGCAUAGUGAUGGAGACUUGACAGAACAGGGAAAAAUUAGUAAACCAGAUAUGUCACGUCUGAGACUUGCUGCUGGGAGUGCUAUUGUGAAACUGGCACAAGAACCUUGUUAUCAUGAAAUCAUCACAUUAGAACAGUAUCAGCUCUGCGCAUUAGCUAUCAAUGAUGAAUGCUAUCAAGUAAGACAAGUGUUUGCUCAGAAACUUCACAAAGGCCUUUCCCGAUUAAGGCUUCCACUUGAGUAUAUGGCAAUCUGUGCACUUUGUGCAAAAGAUCCUGUAAAAGAGAGAAGAGCUCAUGCUAGGCAAUGUCUGGUAAAAAAUAUAAAUGUGAGACGCGAGUAUCUGAAGCAACAUGCAGCUGUUAGUGAAAAAUUACUGUCUCUUCUACCAGAAUAUGUUGUUCCAUAUACAAUUCACCUUUUGGCACAUGACCCAGAUUAUGUUAAAGUACAGGAUAUUGAGCAACUUAAAGAUGUUAAAGAAUGUCUUUGGUUCGUUCUAGAAAUACUAAUGGCUAAAAACGAAAAUAACAGUCAUGCAUUUAUCAGAAAGAUGGUAGAAAAUAUUAAACAAACAAAGGAUGCCCAAGGACCAGAUGAUGCAAAAAUGAAUGAAAAACUGUACACUGUGUGUGAUGUUGCCAUGAAUAUCAUCAUGUCAAAAAGCACCACAUACAGUUUGGAAUCUCCUAAAGACCCAGUACUACCAGCUCGUUUUUUCACCCAACCUGACAAGAAUUUCAGUAACACCAAAAAUUACCUGCCUCCAGAAAUGAAAUCGUUUUUCACUCCUGGAAAACCUAAAACAACCAAUGUUCUAGGAGCUGUUAAUAAGCCACUUUCAUCAGCAGGCAAGCAAUCUCAGACAAAGUCAUCUCGAAUGGAAACUGUAAGCAAUGCAAGCAGCAGCUCAAAUCCAAGCUCUCCUGGAAGAAUAAAAGGGAGGCUUGAUAGCUCUGAAAUGGAUCACAGUGAAAAUGAAGAUUACACAAUGUCCUCACCUUUGCCAGGAAAAAAAAGUGACAAGAGAGACGACUCUGAUCUUGUAAGGUCUGAAUUGGACAAACCUAGAAGCCGGAAAAAAACACCUGUCACAGAUUCAGAAGAGAAAUUAGGUAUGGAUGACCUCACUAAGUUGGUACAGGAACAGAAACCUAAAGGUAGUCAGCGUGGACGGAAGAGAGGCCACACGGCUUCAGAAUCAGAUGAACAACAGUGGCCUGAGGAAAAGAGGCUCAAAGAAGAUAUAUUAGAAAAUGAGGAUGAACAGAAUAGUCCACCAAAGAAAGGUAAAAGAGGUCGACCACCUAAACCUCUUGGUGGAGGUACACCGAAAGAAGAGCCAACAAUGAAAACUUCAAAAAAAGGAACCAAAAAAAAAUCUGGACCUUCAGCACCAGAAGAAGAGGAAGAAGAAGAAAGACAAAGUGGAAAUACAGAACAGAAGUCAAAGAGCAAACAGCACCGAACAUCAAGGAGAGCACAACAGAGCAGAGCAGAAUCUCCUGAAGGUAGUGCAGUUGAAUCCACACAAUCCACACCACAAAAAGGACGAGGAAGACCAUCAAAAACGCCAUCACCAUCACAACCAAAAAAAAAUGUCCGUGUAGGACGCUCCAAACAAGCAUCUACUAAAGAAAAUGAUUCAAGUGAAGAAGUAGAUGUGUUUCAGGGUAGCUCUCCUGUCAAUGAUGAUAUUCCACAGGAAGAAACAGAGGAAGAAGAAGUUUCUACAGUAAAUGUACGGCGGCGAAGUUCUAAAAGAGAAAGGCGAUGAACAAAUGUAAUUAAUAACUUUCUGUGUGAAAGCUUUGAGAAGAAGCAUUCUUUUGUCAAGCUUGAGGCUAAGUAAAGCCUUUGAUGCACAAAGUGGGACUGCCAGAAAGUGGACAGUUGGAACUUUCUUUGAUGACCUCAUGUGUUUGUGGUCACAGCGCUUUAGCCAUACGCUUGGUGAUAACAUUGACUAUGGAGUCUUGUGGAAGUGUGAUGUGCGAUGGCUAUGUAGACAUAAACUAAAGAAAAAACUUGUAAAUAUAUUUUUUCCUUCCUCCCUUCCUCUCUCCCUCCCUUGCACCCUCCCUUCCUCCAUUCCUUCUUUCCCUUCUCUUUCUUAAUGUUUCUGACUUCUAAAGUGCUUGUAUAGCUUUUAUCGGCGGCUUUAAACUGACAGUACCCAACUGUUUAUUGGAUCUAUUGAUUUGGAAAGAGUUUGUUAGGAUAGAUCUUAAGCAGUAAUCUGUCAGUGUUUGUAUUUGUAUUCUCUUCAAUUUUACUGUGAAAAAAAUUUUUUCAACAAAUGGUGUCAUUUUCUUGAUGUCAUUGUUUGUUGGAGAGUAAAAUGGUCUCUUUCCCUUGUGUAUCUUACCUAGUGUUUACUCCUAGGCACCCUUAAUCUUCAGAGGUGCUAAAUUGUCUGCCAUUACACCUGAAUGAUGCCUCCAAUGGGAGGACACCACACAAAUUGUGAAAUAGUCCUGAAGUUUGAUUAUUUUACACCUCAGUAUUGGUCUCAGAAUUUUCUGGCCUUUCGUGGCAAUGAAAAUUUUAAGAAAAGAGAGAUUUAAAAUAUUUUAAUUUUAAAGAGUGUGUUAUAAAAUAAUGUACUGAAUUCUUUAUCCCAUUUUAUCAUCAUCCCUUUUCAGUUUUUAUUAAUCUACUGUAUCAAUAAAAUUCUGUAAUUUGAAUUAGUUUUUAAUAGUCUAGAAUGUUAUUGUGUAUAGAUAUUUCCUCUUGAACAUUAUGUUCAGAAAAUGCAAAUUAUUACACUAUAAUAUAAAACCUGAUAUAUACACAUAGAAAAGUUCCAGUUCUCCAUAACAGUGUAAAGUUAAUCAGAAAGAAAAAAUUUUAUUGAUGCAGUGUGUCUUUAUAAAGCUGUUCUUGAAAGCAAGUGUUUUGUAUUUUAUAUAGUGAGUUGCAUGUUUAUGAAAAAGUGCUGAAAAUGGGAUGUGCUCUUUUCUGUAAAUUCAUAUUUAGCCAUAGUAUAUGAUAGAUUUCCCCAUAACAUAGUUUUUCAUCAAGAGUUUAUUAUUGUACUUUAUUUUGGAGCCAAAAACUUGUUUUUGGGAGAGGGGAGGGACAGGGUGGGAGUGAUGUAUCCAACUAUCUGAGCUACUGUAGGUAUCACAAUCUUAUAAAUUUUGAAUGAAAUUCCACUUCAUCUAGAUUGGGAGAAGUGGAAAUUUAUUUGGAUUUAGGGCAGUUCUUUUUUUUUUUUUUCUCCAUCAUAAUCUGCAAAAUAUAGAAACAAAUUACUUCAGUCAGUAUCCUUUAUACAGUUUUAUAAACUGUAUUUUGAACCAAAAUAUAAAACUUACUAUUUAAUGCUUGCCUAAAUUCAUUAUAGUAUUUCAGGUGCUGUUCUUUUGUGUUUUUCCACAGUUAACAUCAGAAAAAAAAAUCAUAUCCUAACUUAUUAAAUUUAUCACAUUGAAUAAUGGAGCAUUCUCAUAUAAUACACCAUUAUGUUUAAGGUAUAUUUCCAAGAUUGGUUAUAAUAGAUGGGGGGAUAUAAUAAAGAAGCUACUAUUUUGGAAAAUGACACUUUACUAUUUUCCAAUGUAUAUCACAAUUGAUGUGAUUAUUUUCCUUUUAAAGAUUUCUUCAUGUUUAUGAAACGGCCUUUUAUUUUUUAAAAAAAUGUUUUGAAUUGUGUCUUAAUCUCUCAAUAUUUAACUGUUUUUCAUUUCCAACAGUGCUGACACCAGUGAUUAUGGGAGGCUGCUGUAUACAAGGCAGCUAAUGUUGGACCAAGAUGCAUUGGUUUUUUACCGUUUCAUGAGCUCAGUUCUCCCAAACACGCUAUUUGUAUCUCAGCAGUACAAAGGCAUGUUUUUAAAUCUAUAAAAUAAAGAAUAAGGGAUAGCUUUGUAUUUUUGUCAUUGACUAAAUUGCACCGGAAAUGUUUAUGGAAGUAUAUCUUUAAGACCAUUUUAUAAAACAUAAUGAAAAAAUGAUUGUGGAGGAUUUUUUAUUUGCAUGAUCACAGUUAACCAAAUUUCAUUGCACAUUAAUUCUGUACAUUAGUUCACAAAAAAUGUUCAUUGUAGAUUUUGUUUAAUGCCAAUAAGUCUGUGAUUUUACAACUUGUCUGUUCACUUUUUGGGAGGAUUAUGAUGUAAAUUUUCCAUUUUUCUGUAGAAAAAUAGGUGCAAUAAUGAUCAAAGUUUUGAUGUCCUGAGUUUUCAUCUUAGGGUAUUAUUUUAUUAUUAUGUUUAAACUUAACACUUCAUGUGCUAAUAUUUGGAGAGCCACAUACUAUAACUAAAGUAAAAUUAAGUAUGUAUACAAUAAUAAUUGCUAACAGUGGUUAGCAAACUUCAGUGAUAAUGUUCAUUUUGAAAAAUGUGUACUGUAUAAAAUUAAGAAAAUAUUUUAACUCACUAUAACAAAUUCCAUUAUGAAAAUCUUAAAAUUCUUCAGUGAGGUUAUCUUGCUGCCCUCUGUAGCAAGUUCACUUAACCUACAUUAUAAUAAGAUUUCUUGCUGCAGUGCAACAGGAAGCUUUUUUAGUGAUCUCCACUGUAUAUGUAAAUUACAAAUGUGGCUGUAAAACUUGUUCCAGGUAUUAAAGGUUAAAUUACUUUCUGUAUCUUCUUACAACUUGUAAGUUUGAUUUUUCAGAUUUCCUUUUGCCCACUUGGAAGAAUGUCAGGAAUUUAAGAAUUUGUUUAACUUAGGUCUAUCUCCCCUACCACAUAGUAUUAUGUCACCAUAAUGAACAAUUGGUAUUUAGAUAGAUAACCAAUUUCAGACACAUUUUUGGAUUUUCUGUGAAGUUGAAUAAACAUGAAACCUAAUA